AUGGAAGGCCUUCAGAAGAACACAUACGGAACUAUAGUUGAAGGAACCCGGGGAGUCUACCAUGCAGCAGAAUCAUACUGGCUGAGGAUCCUCCUGGUGGGCAAAUCUGGCUGUGGGAAAAGUGCCACAAAGAACAGCAUCCUCUGCCAACAAGCAUUCGAGUCCAGGCUCAGAGCUCAGUCGGUGACCAGGAUCAGUCAGGCAGAGAUAGGCACAUGGAACGGAAAGAGCUUCCUAGUGGUAGACACACCCCCCAUCUUUGAGUCAAAGGCUCAGAACCAAGACAUGGACAAGGACAUUGGAGACUGCUACCUGCUGUGUGCCCCAGGACCCCACGUGCUGCUGCUGGUGACCCAGCUGGGACGCUUCACAGCCCAGGACACCAUGGCUGUGAGGAGGGUGAAGGAGAUCUUUGGGGCUGGAGUCAUGAAGCACAUGAUCAUCUUCUUCACCCACAAGGAAGACCUGACAGAUGAGACCUUGGAUGGGUUUGUGACCCACACUGACAACCGCAGCCUGUGCAGCCUGGUUCAGGAGUGUGGGAGGAGGUACUGUGCCUUUAAUAACAGGGCCUCAGGGGAAGAGCAGCAGGGACAGCUGGCAGAGCUCAUGACCUUGGUGAGGAGGCUGGAACAAGAGUUGGAGCAUUGCUCUUUCUACAGCAAUGACCUCUUCCUUCAUGCCUGUGUGUUCCUUAGUGGUGACAAGAGUGAGGAUCAGGAAGCCUAUAGGUGCUACCUGUCGAAGGUGAGGCAGGAGGUGGAGAGGCAAAAGCAGAAACUGAAGGAGCAGGAGGUGAGCUGGGUAGCUAAGAUGCUUUACAGAGUCAAGACAUGCAUGGGCCCCCACAUUUUCCUUAUUGUGUGUGGUUUGAUUUUGACCGCCAUUUUAAUUAACUUGUCUAUUACCCAGGGGAACUGA